AUGGCGAGAUCUACCUGGAAAUCCCUUGCCAGAAAAGGCACCGAAGGCACCACACUGCCACCUCCCCGAGCUCCCCGUCGAACUGUUCAGUCAAGACGCACAAUUGCAGACUCGGAAGGAAGUGACGACGAAAUCGUUGUACGCUCCUCCUCUCGAAUCGCAAAAGGUGUCGCUUUGCCAAAGAUCUCUGCAAUGGAGCGAUCUUUGUUUAAGAAGGAGAAGGCAUCCCACAGUUCCAACGAUUCCGUCAAGUCAUCAACCUCCAACACAUCACGAGAGUCUUCCCUGGGUAUUGAUACCCCAGGCACAACACCGGCAAUGUCCAUCCGCGAGACUGGUGUAUCGAAACGUAAGAGAUCGUCGCUUGGAAAGAUGCUGCUCAAGAUUGAAGAUUCGGAGGAGGAGGAAGAUGAAGACGAUGUGAUAUUGGCAAUGCGUCUACAAGAGGAGGAAUACGCCCUGGGAGGUGCUUCAGAGCCGGUCAAGAAGCGGACAAAGAUGAUGAUUGAGGACUCCGAGGAUGAUGAUCCGCUCAGUGAACUUGAAUCGAUCAGCUCGAUUGAUGUCCCACUGRGAAAGACGGUUUCGAAGCCGCGGUUUUCAAACGCUAAGAGCGUCAAGGCAGAGGCAUCCCGCGGUAGGAAGACUCGUAUCGCAAGCAUUAAGGCCCGCUCAUCGAUCAAGACGAAGAUUGAGGACAGCGAAGAAGACGGACUUGGUGACAGUGAUGAAUUUGAAAUUGCAGACUCAGAGGAGGCAGCAUCAACCGGUGGUAGUGAAACCGAGUCCGACGUUCCUUUGGCAUCCUCGACUGCACGAUCUCACGGCCGCGCACGGCCUGCUCAACAUGGCAACAUCACCACAGCAGGCGCUCAGGCUAUACGCGCAGACCUGACUAGUAUCAUGACGAGAGGCGAUCGCGCUCGUGCUAAGCGCACAGAGCGUGAGCGUAAGAAGUUGGAGAAGGCGCAUCCAGUGAUCAAGACGAUGUGGAAGGAUUUGGAGAAGAUUCCCGUCAUCAAGCCAGUUCCAGCUGAACAGCCGACCAGCAUCAACCGAAAGCUGAAGCAGUUUCAACUUGAAGGCCUUAACUGGAUGAUUCGACAGGAAAAGACCGAAUACAAAGGAGGCCUUCUGGGUGAUGAAAUGGGCAUGGGCAAGACAAUCCAAGCAGUCUCUCUCAUUAUGUCCGAUUGGCCACAGAAGGAGCCAACUCUUGUUGUGGUUCCACCGGUUGCUCUCAUGCAAUGGUCGGCUGAGAUUACAGAUUACACCGAUGGCAAGCUCAACGUGCUCGUAUACCACGGACAAAAUGGCAAGGUCAAGAACAUGAACCAAAAGGAGCUGAAGAAGUUUGAUGUCAUCAUGAUCUCAUACAAUUCACUGGAGUCCCUCUACAGGAAGGAGACGAAGGGCUGGACUCGCGGAGAGGACAUCAUCAAGGAGGACUCGCCCAUUCAUGCCAUCAAGUUCCAUCGUCUCAUCCUGGACGAAGCCCACAGCAUCAAGUCACGCACGACUGGUGUUGCAAAGGCAUGCUUUGCUCUGUCUGGCACUUACAAGUGGUGCUUGUCCGGAACGCCCGUACAGAAUCGCAUCGGCGAAUUCUUCUCGUUGCUCAGAUUUCUGGAGGUCCGCCCAUUUUCAGAGUACUUUUGCAAGCGUUGCCCUUGCCAUAUGAUACAUUGGAGUCUGGAUGAGGAGCAUCGUUGCAAGGAGUGCAAGCAUACUGGUAUGGAGCAUGUUUCGGUAUUCAACCAGGAGCUGCUCAAUCCCAUCACGCAGUCUGAGGAAGCGAGCGAUCGUUCUGCUGCAAUGGACAAGCUGCAGAUGAUCACAGCUCGCAUCAUGCUUCGUCGGGUGAAGCGUGAUUACACCAGCUCGAUGGAAUUGCCGCCCAAGGAAGUCAUCGUUCACAAUGAAUUUUUCGGCGAGAUUGAAAAAGACUUUUCCUCGUCAAUCAUGACCAACACCGCACGCACGUUCGACACCUACGUCUCUCGUGGGGUCAUGCUCAACAACUAUGCCAACAUUUUCGGUCUGAUCAUGCAGAUGCGUCAAGUUGCCAAUCAUCCUGAUCUCCUGCUGAAGAAGCAUGCUCAUGAGGGGCAGAACGUGCUUGUUUGUAACAUCUGCGACGAGGUGGCUGAGGAGGCCAUCCGCUCACAGUGCAAGCACGACUUCUGCCGCGCUUGCGUCAAGAACUACAUGCAAGCUGUCGAGAAUGACGGUGGCGAGGCUGAUUGCCCACGUUGUCACAUUCCCCUCUCGAUCGACUAUGACCAGCCGGAGAUUGAGCAARACGAGGAUGUUGUCAAGAAGUCAUCCAUCAUCAAUCGCAUCAAGAUGGAGGAUUGGACCUCUUCGACGAAGAUUGAGAUGCUCAUCUACGAUCUUUACAAGCUGCGCUCGAAGAAGCAGACGCUCAAGUCCAUCAUUUUCUCGCAGUUUACUUCUAUGCUGCAGCUGAUUGAGUGGCGUCUGCGUCGGGCAGGCUUCAACACGGUCAUGCUUGAUGGCUCCAUGACUCCAAUCCAGCGGCAGAAGAGUAUUGAGCAUUUCAUGACGAACCCAGAGUGCGAGAUCUUCCUGGUGUCGCUCAAGGCUGGUGGUGUGGCUUUGAACUUGACGGAAGCUUCCAGAGUAUUCAUUGUUGAUCCUUGGUGGAAUCCAGCAGCUGAGUGGCAGUCGGCCGAUCGCUGCCAUCGCAUCGGGCAGAGACGUCCUUGUGUCAUCACACGUCUGUGUAUUGAGGAUUCGGUGGAAUCUCGUAUGGUGGCCCUCCAAGAGAAGAAGGCCAAUAUGAUUAAUGGAACGAUCAACAACGACAAGUCCAGCAUGGAGAAGUUGACGCCAGAGGACAUGCAGUUCCUCUUCCGAGGAACUUGA